AACUUUCGCUUUCUUUCAUUACUUGCUUCCUUCUUUCUUCCCCCAGUCUCCCUAAACGGCAGCCAUUGAACGCGUUUUCAUCUCUCUUUUCUUCAACUUUCUCCCCAUCUCUUCAUUUCAAGAUCAACAAAAAAUCUCCGAUUUAAAUUCAAGAUUUUAUUCAUCAGUUCACUAAUGGAAUCGGAGCAACGCCGCAAGCGGAGGCGUUUAUUAAACAAACCCACCGCCGAUUCUUUCUACUUUACAGUAAGGUCCUUAACUGUUUGCUUCUCUUUCUUUAUUUUUCUCCUAUUUAUCUCUUCAGAUCGUUUUUCAAUUUCAACCGGGUCGUUUCGACCCGUUCUUACUGUGCCCGCUUCUUUCUUGCCGACUCGUUUGGGUUUAACUCGCGAUUCUUUUGAUACUAGAUCUUUGCCUUUAGUAGUUGAAGAUAGGGUUUUGUUUCCGGACCAUGUUUUGCUAAUUGUGUCUAAUAAAGUACUACAUAGCAGUCAGAAUUUGGAAUGUGUUUACUACAAUUUGUUCAGUUCGGAGGAUUUGGUUUUAAGGCCUGUUAUAUCUGUUGAUGAUUAUCAUGGAGAUAAGUCUGUUAUCCGCUGCCCGAUUCCGCCGACCAACUGCUCUGCUUCUGUUAAUUUGCGGUGGUAUUGGGAGGCGGCGCAAGGUGGUGCAGCCGCGGUGAAGACGGCGGCUGUUGCUUCUUGGGAUAGAGUGGUGUAUGAGGCGGUUUUGGAUUGGAAUUCCGCGGUUGUGUUUGUGAAAGGAUUGAAUCUGCGGCCGCAUAAGGAGUCUGAUCCUACGCAGUUCAGGUGUCAUUUUGGUUUGAGUAAAUUUGAUAAGGAUGAGGGUUUUGUGUUUUCUACUGACGCGGUUGCGGCUGCGCAAGAGGUUAUAAGGUGUUUGUUGCCGCGGAGUAUUCAGAAUAAUCCGGGGAAGGCUCAGGGUAUUCGAGUUACUGUUAGUCAUGUUGAUGCCCGCGAAGACGGUGUUGAUAGGCCUUUGCCUUCCGUGGCGAAGGUUUAUAGUGCUAAGUCGUAUGAUGAUAAGAGGAGUAAUAAGGGGAAGUAUGAGCUUUGUGCUUGUACUAUGAUGUGGAACCAAGCUUCGUUUCUCCGCGAGUGGAUUGCUUACCACGCUUGGCUCGGUGUUGAGCGGUGGUUCAUCUAUGACAAUAAUAGUGAUGAUGGGAUUCAAGAAGUAAUUGAUGAGCUUAAUUUGGAAAACUACAAUGUUAGUCGGCAUUCUUGGCCAUGGAUUAAAGCACAGGAGGCUGGUUUUUCGCACUGUGCUAUGCAAGCAAGAAGCGAAUGCAAGUGGCUAGGGUUUUUCGAUGUGGAUGAGUUUUUCUACUUCCCUCGCCACCGAGGACAAGAUAUGCAAGGACAGAAUUCACUGAAAACCCUAGUAGCAAAUUACUCAGACUCUCCAACAUAUGCCGAGAUAAGAACAAUUUGUCACAGCUUCGGUCCCUCAGGGUUGACUGCAGCUCCAUCACAGGGAGUGACAGUUGGGUACACUUGCCGGCUGCAGGCUCCUGAACGGCACAAAUCUAUCGUGCACUUAGAAAAACUAGACACCACCCUUCUCAACGUGGUUCAUCAUUUCAAGCUAAAGGAGGGAUAUAGAUACCUGAAUUUACCAGAAAGCACGGGUAUAGUGAACCACUACAAAUAUCAAGUGUGGGAUAGUUUUAAAGCCAAGUUCUUUAGGCGAGUUUCUACCUAUGUUGCUAACUGGCAAGAAGAUCAAAACCAAGGUUCAAAGGACAGGGCACCCGGCCUCGGUACAGUGGCCGUAGAACCACCGGACUGGCGAUUACGAUUCUGUGAAGUUUGGGACACUGGCUUAAAGGAUUUUGUUUUGGCUAACUUUGCUGAUACCACAACUGGAUACCUUCCAUGGCAGAGGUCUUCUUUUAUAAAGAAAUCAUAAUAAUAGGAGCUUGCAUAUAAAACAGAAUAUUUAUACAUACACAGUUUAAUUCAUUCUUUCUUUUGUUUUGCAAUUUUGUACCUUAAACUUUUGGGGUGUCAUAGAUGUGCAAAUUACACACUUCUUACACAUUUGUAAAGAUGCUAAAAUACGAAAUGAUUCUUUACAUUA